AUGCCUAUCUAUUUUUACCAUAUUUCUCAUGGGUCUUCUAAGCUUUCCCCUCCAAUUAGAACACAGGCAUCAAACAGCUAUUUACCUAGGGAUUCGGACUACAAACCUCAUCAGCAUCACUAUAUACUAAUACUAACGUCACAGACAGAUACCAAAAUGGACGAAGAUGACCAAAAAGUAGCCAUCAUGCGAAAAGCGUUUCAAAUGUUUGACACUUCUAAAUCUGGAUUUAUCGACACGUUAAAAAUUAGUACCAUACUAAAUACUAUGGGUCAAUUGUUUGAUGAUUCAGAAUUAAACGAACUUAUAGAAGAAGUUGAUCCAGAUGCAACAGGAAAAGUUAACUUUGAUGGGUUUUGUGAAAUUGCUGCACAUUUUCUAGAAGAAGAUGAUGCUGAAGCUAUGCAAGAAGAACUAAAAGAAGCUUUCAGACUUUAUGAUCGCGAGGGUAAUGGAUAUAUCACUACUGCUACACUAAGAGAAAUAUUAGCAGCAUUAGAUGACAAAUUAGGUCCAGAAGACUUGGAUGGAAUCAUUGCUGAGAUUGAUACAGAUGGAUCUGGCACAGUUGACUUUGAUGAGUUUAUGGAAAUGAUGACUGGAGAAUAAAAUGACAAGCUUUUAUUUGAGGAUUUGAAACCUUUUUUUAAUGAUUAAAAAUUAUGAUAACAAUAAAUCAUCUGGAUUAAU